CUAGUGCAGAUGACAGGAGCCAUGGCAGGGAGCCGAGUGUUGUUUGGGUUAAUAUUGUGGUUUACUUAUACAGGAAACACACACGGAUUAUAUGAAGAUCAGAUAGGGAAGUUUGACUGGGUUCAGCAGUAUGUGGGUGUGGUUGAACAUGCUGUGUUUGAUGAAUCCAGUACACCAGCACGACGGAUCAUUGUGUCUACUGCCCAGAAUGUAUUAGCUGCACUUUCACUUAAGAAUGGUGACAUAACAUGGCGUCAUGUUUUGGAGACUUCAGAUUCAGGAAAAAUUGACAUUCUGGUUAGUGAGGGGCCACAGGUGACUUCUGUGGCAGGUAAUCUGUUGCGAAGCUGGGAUGUCAUCUCUGCUGCUCUCAUUGAAGAGAUCCAGUUAGAUCAUAACCCAGUGGCUGGUGUAUUGCUGCGUGCAGUAAGUCUCACUGAUAAUGAGGUGGUUCUGGCUGAGUUGGUUGCUGGAUCUGUUAUUGUCACAACACUAGACCGAUCAUCUGGAGCUGCCCUGGACCAUGGGACAGUAGCAGCACCUUGGCUGGAUGCGGAUACCAAGUGUACUUCCAUAGAGAAGACUCUAGUGUGUGUGGAGCUGUCUCUAGGCUUAAUAUUUACACUACCACUGACCACUGCAUCACCGGACUUUACAUCACGGCCUCUAGCUUCUGUUUUCCUGGAGAAUCCUGGCACUAACCCCCAAGUAGCUCUGCAGAAGAUACCAGGAUCUAAGAGCCAUUUGAUUAUCCAGGUUGCUGGAGCUAGAAAGCUGGUUCAUGUACAUGAGAAUGGAUUGCACUUUGUGCAGGAUUUGACUGGAACCAAGGCAUCCUCUAUAACAGAAGGGGUGCUGUAUACUAUAACCCAAACAGGAAGGCUGGUGACAAUUGAAGCGGUCGAGUUAGAGUCCGGUAAUGAACUAGGAGAGCAGGGUGUGGUGGUGGAGCUGCCAUUCCAGUCUGGCACUGUCCUCUCACUUGCUGUAUAUCGCUUUGAGAGACGAGAUGGAGGCAUGGCACUCAGAGCAUUUGUCACUUGCUCAGAUCAUGCUCUUCACCUUAUCAGCAGUGCAGGAGUUGUGUGGUCAAGAGAAGAAGCUUUAGCAUCAGUGAUUGCAGUUGAAGCUGUUGACCUUCCUGUGGAUGGGGCAAACAUAAAUUACCACGAGCAACUGCCGCCUCGUACAGGCUUGGUUGGCAGCCUCGUGCACCGUGUCAGGACCCAGUGCACUCAGAUUGCUCACUGGUUCAGCUCAUUGGUUGGAAGUACAGACUCCUUUGAGGCAGCCCUUCAUGCCCUGAAACGGGAUGAACUGAACCUCAGGAAGUUGCUUGUGGUGGCUACAGGCAGUGGGAAGAUCCUGGGUGUUGACAGCUGGAAUGGGGAUGUGGUGUGGAGCAUAUAUGUGGCUCAUCUGGCUCCUCUUCAAGGCAACAAGCUGUUACUCUAUUCCCAGCGCACUUCAGCACAUUUUCCUCUCCACCCACAGUGUGUUGUGGUUGGGAGACACAGGGUGACAGGUGAAGGCCUUCUUGUUGUGUUUAAUCCCAUCUCUGGCACAGCAAUUGGAGAUAGGGGAGGAGUCAUCCCUCUGGGCUACCAACUUACUCAAGCAUUACCUAUGCAUCAUGCCGAUGAACAGUACCUCAAGCCUUUGAUGUUGGUGGACACAGCACUCAUCCCCCACAUGUUCCCAUCCAGUGGAGAAAAAGUUGUAUUAGAGCACAAAGACACCAUCUUCCUUCAUUUGACUCGACCUGGUAGUAGUGUCCUUACAGGAUACUCUUUAAGAUUUUCUCAACCAGGGGCACUAACCCUUACAGAAGUGUGGACAGUCUCUUUAGGAGGUGGACCAAUUACAGGUGUGUAUGGAAAACUUGCCUCAGAGAAGGUACAUUCCCCUGGAAGAGUUUUGGCUGACCGCUCUGUGCUCUACAAAUAUGUCAAUCCCAACCUGGCUGUUGUCACCACUCAAGGUUAUGACCAUGUUAACAAAAACACAUUGACUUUGUAUUUGGUGGAUACAGUCACUGGUGCAGUCAUUGAGUCUGUCUCCCACAAGAAAGUGUCAGGACCAAUUCAUAUUAUUCAUUCAGAAAACUGGGUUGUAUAUACCUGUUUCAAUGAUAAAUACAGACGUUUUGAGGUAACUUCUUUGGAGCUUUUUGAAGGCUUAAGUCAAGUUAAUGCUACAGCUUUUUCAUCAUUUGGAGGUCGAGCAACUCCACCAAUCUUAGAGCGUCAGGCUUAUAUUUUGCCAAUUGGGGUACAGGCUACAGCACAUACGACAACAGAGAAGGGCAUCACAACCAAGUUUAUUUUGUUUGCUCUGCAGUCUGGAAAUGUUAUACAGAUGUCAAAAUGGUUACUUGAUCCCCGCCGUCCCAUGACUGGUGGUCCACGUGAAGAGGGUCUCAUGCCAUACAUGCCAGAACUACGAAUUUCACCUCAUGAGAUGAUUACCUACAAUCAUACCCUCCCUCGUAUCUCAGCUAUCCAUACUGCACCUACUGGAUUGGAAUCUGCAUGCUUGGUCCUUGUCUGUGGCCUAGACUUGUUCUACACCCGCGUUUUCCCAAGCAAGAUGUUUGAUGUAUUAAAAGAUGAUUUCGACCACUACCUGAUAGGUGGGGCUCUUCUGGCACUAGUUGCUGCUGCUCUAAUCACAAGGAAGUUAGCUCAGAAAAAAGCACUCAGGCAAGCUUGGAAGUAACAUUUAUCCCUUUGAUUGAAAGGAAAGUGUAAACAGCACAUAUAAUAAAUGAACUGGUCAAAAUGUAUAAAUUCAAGAGGAGUGGAGUUUCUCUUGUGCCACAUCUUUAACAUAAACUUCAAGUCCUCCCAGGUGUCAAUGUUGUAUGUGUUAAGAAAGUAUCAGGCAUUUGUGAAUAUUCAAGAACCUUUAAUAGUUUGUGGUGAAACUGUGUGUAUAUACAUUUAAAACAAUGAUAAUAAUGUGUACAGUAUAGUGAUGUGAUACAGUCAUUGCUGGUAUGUACUAAGCUUAGCAAGUCUUUAAGAGCUUUUAAUAGUCGUGUUUUGAAAGGUGGCAAAUUUCUCAAUGACUUAUAUGGGUAAGUACUCGUUUGAGCCAUUUUAUAAAUAAGUGGGUUGAUGCAUCAGUGUUUUAGUUACCAAAAUUAUAUUUGAGUUACAGCUAAUUGUGUACAUAAUGGAUGUUGCUGUCCUGUUGUUACCGUUUGUAUAUCUGUUGGUAAUAAGUUAAAAUUUUUGUAAAUAUUUUCAGUGCUUAAUUAUAAAUGGUUCUGUGUUAAGCAUAAAAAUUGAAGUAGAGUAUUGCCACUAGCCCACUACAGAACAAGAACAGCUGGCAUAAGAGAUGUUAAUUGUACACCCAAGGUGGUGUUAAGUUAUGAUGCAAAUAUUGUACUGUACUGUAUAUUGUUGGUAUAAUGUGUCCUGAAUCUGUUGUUUAUGUUUGUUAUUUGCUGAUUAGGAGAAUAUCUGGUAGUAGAAAAUUAUUUUAAUAAGCUGAGUAUUUAUGGGUUGACUUUGCCUUUGAAAUAGUCUUUUGAAGUAGAAUAAAUGAUACCCACAGCAGGAUUUUGUAUUGAUGUUAUUUUAACCUUUGAGGUUUCCUUUUAUCAUUGUACCUCUGGUAAUGAUACUGACAACUGUCAUCUUAAGUGAAUAUAUAUAGUAUAUAUACACACAGUAUAUAUCUUCUUGUCUAAGGAAGUUUUUCUUUUUUAGACUGAACAGGAAUCUACCUCUCACUUUAUGUAAUUAAUUCUGUAUCCCACAUUGAAGGAGCAACAGCUCAUGGAGGACUUUCCUUAAGAUUAGUUAGUUGUCAUUUCCACACCGCAAACUUUGAACAGACAAAUAAUGGAAGCACUAAAUGAAGAACAAAGUUAUUAAACUAUAAUAUGAAACUCAACUACUGGCACUUGAAGAAAUGAGAAUGAAGGUUGUUAUCGGGUAUACACAAGGGUGAAACUAAACUAAUGAUACACUGAGAAAGACAGAAAAGUAGGUGUAAGAGUAGUAGUAUUAAUGGUGAGAAGAUAAGAAAAGUUAAUAUGCUGUGUGAAAUUAUAUUUUUAAGAAAAGAACCACUUGUAGGAAAUAUGGUGAUUGUGUCAUCCAUUGUAAUGCUCUAUUGGGCUAUGAAUGAACUGGUCUACUGUGUAUUUCAUCAAAUUUGGUUAAUAUUUACGUUACAACACAAAUACUCAUGAAUCUACCAAAUCAUGGGACCAAUAGUGUGGUACAAUUUUUAAUUUGUUGGAACAGUACAUGAAGUGUACAGUAUGAUUACCUGUCAUAAUUGAACCAUUGUACAUGUAUGUUUUAAACAAUUAAGUUUUUGGUAACACCUCACCCAAUUUGGUUUAUACAAUACUGUACUUGUAUUUGAAAUGUACAGUAGAGGUAUUGUUUAUAGUAACUUGCACAAGUUUACCAUAAAACUAGCUGGUCUUCCAACAGCGUUUAAAAAAUAAUUUUAAUAUACAGUAAACUAAAAAUUUCACACUGAAAAUAAGAAAUUUCCAAUAUUCUCUUCUAAAUACUGUAUUGAAAGCAUAAAUUAAUUCACAGCCAUGUAGUGGAUGAUGUGCAUGAUUGUAUUUGUGUACCUAAUGGCUUUACUGUAACUUUUAUUGGCUGCCAUGUGAACAGCUGCACUGCAGGUCAUCAUUCAUAUAAUGUCUCUUUUAUUGUUUUAAUUUCAAUGUGCAUAGUUGUUGAUGGAGCAUUUUAAAUAAGAGAUUUAUUUUAACAUGUGUUAGUGACACUAAGUCAAUCUCAUUUUAUGCUUUUAAUAUUGUUAUUUUCCGUUUAUAUUUUAUUAUUUCUAUAACUUAAUCCUCUUUUCUAGCUUUAAACUUGCCCUUUCUUCCUUGUGUGUGCUGUACUGUCAUUGCCAGUCUGUAUUCUUUUCUCACAUUCCCAUUUCUAAGUGCAAGCAGAUGCCAUACCUUUCUCCAGUUUUAUAGUCAAACCAGUGUAAAUUAUUCUUUAAGAUACCAGUAAUGGCUCAAGUAUUGUUGCUGAGAUGCAGAUACAGUGAUGGCCAAAAAUUUUUGGAAAUGGAUCUGAAUGUUGAAUCCCAUGCUGAAUAUAGGAAGAAGGAAUUUUUGUAAAGAAAAAUGAUCAGUACCAGGUAGACAAUGAGCCAUGGAUGGAGUUAUCCUUUAUGCCAUUUCAUUGAAGAACUCUCAGCACUAAGGAAGGCCUCACCCAGCAGUGAACUGAUAUGAGUGGGAAAUUUAUAUUACAAGUAUAAAUUAGGUAAUGUUUAAAGUGAUUUGUAUUAUUAUUUUUCCUUGAUGCAUUAAAGAUUUGGGAAGAACAUGUAUACAUAUUAUUUAUGUAAAUAUGAAAUAGGAGUUAUUCCUGUAGUGGGGUAUUUUAUUUAUACUGUACAUGUACUGUUAUCCUUCCUAGAGAUACUAAAAUAUCGAUGGUAAUUCAACUAAGGGUUUACUGCCAUUAUUUUUUGUUGUGUGUGUUAGCUAUUCAUGUGUGUGACUUACAUAAGAACCUGUAAAUAUUUUAUCUCCUAUAUGAAUUUUGUGAUGGAUGCUAUUUGUUUAGACAUGACCUAAGAAUACCCGAAGACAUUUUCUCUGAAACACUUUUAUUGACUGUGUGUGUGAAUCUUUUAAUGGACAUGUUUCCUCUGUAUAACUGGGUCUGUUUCCUGGGUUUGGACUUUUGAAAGGUUCUGAUUGAUUGUUGACUGAGAAGUUUCCACACCAAGAAAUUUAUAGACCACAAGAUUUCAUUCAUAUAUUGAUCAAACAUUUAAUCUGACAGUAAAAGAAGUUUUAUACUCAUCAUCAUCAACGUUUUAUGGUCAUUUUCCACACUUAUAUGGGUUUGCCGUAAAUACCCGAUGGCAGCUCUCCAUACUAAUUACCCAAUUAUAUAUGACAGUGAAGGAAAGUUUAUACUAUAUAUAGAAGUGAAUUUGUUCUGGUAGAUGUUGCCUAUUGGGUACUUACAUUUUUCUUGGACUGUGUGAUAGUGUCUGUUAGUACAUAUAUGUCAAACAUGACUGAGAAGUAUACCAGCAGGUAUAUUGUGCAUUAUAUGAUCUUUAUUCAUUUUGUAAAUAUAAGUGUGCUUUAAUUUUUUUUAAGGACACUAAAGUGAAUGCAGUCAUAAGAGGAAGUUCAUAUACUGUACCAUGGAAUGUAAUGUAUUUGAUUUAGUAGAGAGAAAACUGUAAAGGGUGCAGUAUGACUAAGACAAUCUGACACUAUGGAUGCAUUAAAUGAUAUUUUUCUUCAAGAUGAGUAUAUACCUGAUUGGCAUCAUAAUUUGCAGAUGUAUAAAAUUAUCCAGCUGGAGAAAUUAACAGUAUAAUUUUGGCUUGCCAGAAUUUGCACAGUAAGAAAUAAUGGUAACAAAAAAUAUUGGUUAUAAUAUUGCUGACAAAAUACUGUAGGUGUUGGUGAGCUGGGAUCGGAGUGAUAUCCAAAAAAUAUGAAUUUUUUUUAAUAAUUUGGGAGAUUCUCUAUAAACUUACAUGAAGUAGAAAUUAAGAAAAGUAGAAUCUAUGUGGGAGAAAAAUCACAUAAUGAAUAUAUGUACAAAUGAUGAAAAAAUGACAGAAUGCUGCUGUAAAUUUAUAUAAAAUGUUCAUUAUCCAAGAGUUAAAGUGAAGUAGUUAAGUGUUACAUUCAUGAUCUCAAAUAGGCUUCACAAAGUCAGACUCAUUUGAAUGAUGUAAUGCAACUGUUUUAUAAGAGUACAUGCAGAAUGGUUAUUAAAUGGUAUUGUGGUGUUACUUUGGCAAUAUAUAAAAUAGGAAAAGUU